AUGCUGAUGGGUAGCGGUCAGUAUCACAUCACUCCCGAGCUACGGGAGCAAGCUGAGAGGCUCGGCGGUACUGUGUUAGACUUUGACGGGGCUGCAGAGUUUUGGGUUGAGACGCUGGAGGAUUGGGAAAGCAUCGCGCGGGAUCCCGAGUUUUUGCGGGUGGUUUCGGGUGACAUGCUCAACUUUGUGCGUGAGCCGCUCCAUGUCACUCUGGGAUACGACUACUUGGUCGUGGGGAACGAUUGGGACGCAGCACCAGCGGCGUGA